AAUCAGGGGGGAGGGGUGCUUAUGUCAUAUUGCUAUAUCGUAGAUGGACACAGUGGUUGAUGUAGAUGUGUUAACAGUUCUUUAAUAAUGUGGGGGAUGGGGGUUAUAUGAUGAAGGCCUGCUCUUUUCCUGCUGAAAACUAUUAGAGGAAUGUGUGGGGUAAGCAUCACAGGACGACGAAUGGUUUCACACCCUAAUAGACAUGCCACACACGCAGGUACGUGACCUCAGUUUCCCUUGGUAACCACAUGUACUGAGAACAGCAGUUUAGAAUCGUUCAGAUUUCCAACUUAAUCUGUUUUUCUGAAUAAUACAUUGUACUUUUAAUAAUGAGAACUUGGCUUUUAUCCAUUUUGAUUGAUAAACCCUGAAGUUUUUUUUUUUUUUUCUUUUUUUUUUGUAUGAGUCUGUGUGUGGACUACUCUCGUGCAUGGUUUUAAAGAGCCAGGACCUCUUCACAGAUUAUAACACACUGUACAGGCUGCUGAAACAGAGACACAAACCCACUGGAGAGAUGCAAGCAAGAUAGUUCUUUGAUAACUGGUGAACUGGUUCUGUCAACACAAACAGCUGUGUGCGUGUGUGUGGCUGUGUGUCAGUGUGUGUGUUCAAUGUGCAUGCAUGCAUUCACAAAUUGGCCAUGCCAUGUAUUUCUGGAGUAUCUUCCUCAGGGGCUUUUGGGAUCUCAUUUAUUGCAGGAGAAAAGGUUCAUUCGUUCGGGUUGCCAUUUAAGCUUGAAUGAAUCCCCAGUUUCCACCAAGAGAGAUGGAGAACGCAGACAUGCACAAGUGGAAUAGCCUGGGAUAGAAAACAGAGUGCAUAUUUACUGUCUUUAGUCAUGCUAAGAGAUGUAAGCCUAAAUAAAUAUAAGUUGUGAAAAUAUGCCUAAUAUUGAUCAGUGCUGGGUAAUGUUACUAUAAAAAUGCAGCUUCUCACAAACAGGCCUGCAGCACACUUUGAAUGCAAAUUGAAAAAUAUUAUCUCUGAAGUUGCUUGCUCACAGAAUAUAUAUUUAUAGCCUCAAUCUCUGUUUGCUCAGUAACAGUAACUUGUUUUUAUAUUAGCAUUUCAAUAUCCUCCUAAUGAAAUGUUUCUUAUUUUCAGCAUCAGUGGGCGCUGCUGCAGUGUGCAUCUCUGUCCUCCUUUCUUCUCCACUGUGCAUCCACUGCUCUCGCUCUCUCUCUCUCUCUCUCACUCACACACAUAUUCACAUACAUACACACACUUUUUCACGCACAAGGCAUCUUUCUCCUCCCUCUAUUUUCCUCUUUAUACUCUCUCUAAUUCCUUCAUCCCUCCCCCUUUUCCAACUCUCUAUUGCACAGCAUCUCUCUGCCUCUCUCUCUCUCUCGCUCUCAAACAUACACUCACUCUUUUGCUUUCGCUCAGGCACAAGCACAUGCAGACAGAGGGAGAGGGGGGAUGAACGAGGUCCACGCAUGUGAGGAUCUCCUGAACUGCCGGGGCAAGGCAGGACUUUUCAGGAAGAGAGAAGAAGAAGAGGAGGAGGAGGAGGAAUAGAGGAAUACUGCAGUGACCAGCCAGCUUCUCUCUCUCUCUCUCUCUCUCUCUCUCUCUCUCUCUCUCUCGCUGCUUCACUGCUUUCAUCCCCCUGUCUUCUUCAUCCCCUUCUCUCCCCUUCUGCCAAUUAUACCAUGAACCUGCCUGCUGCUUGUUGCUAAGGGGGAGCCAGCCGGGGGAGCAGAGUGGACCAGGCAUUAUUUUGUUUCUAAGGACUGCGUGAUCUUGACACGACUGUGUGAACAUGGCCGAAGGGUCAAGAGACCAGGGAGGCUCAGGCAGCACUGAUCCAGAGGAGGACUCCCCCAAUAUGAUCGUCUACAGAAAGAUUGAAGAUAUUGUCACAAGAAUACAAGAUGAGAAAGCAGGAGGUGUUGCAAUCCGGACUGUAAAAAGCUUCCUCUCCAAGAUCCCUAGUGUGGUAUCAGGGGCGGACAUUGUCCAGUGGCUAAUGAAAAACCUCUGCAUUGAGGAUCCAGCUGAAGCCAUCCACCUCGGAAGUCUGAUCGCCGCCCAUGGCUACAUCUUCCCCAUCUCUGACCAUGUCUUGACACUUAAAGACGAUGGAACCCUUUAUCGCUUUCAGUCUCCAUACUUCUGGCCUUCAAACUGUUGGGAGCCUGAGAACACAGACUAUGCCAUUUACCUGUGCAAGCGCACCAUGCAGAAUAAAGCCAGGCUUGAGCUCGCUGACUAUGAGGCUGAGAACCUCGCACGGCUGCAGAGGGCUUUCGCCAGGAAGUGGGAAUUCAUUUUCAUGCAAGCUGAGGCUCAAGUCAAAAUUGACAGAAAGAAGGACAAAGCAGAGAGGAAGAUCCUGGACAGUCAAGAGAGGGCAUUCUGGGACGUCCAUCGGCCUGUGCCAGGCUGUGUCAACACCACAGAGAUGGACAUCCGCAAGUGUCGAAGAGAGAGGAACCCACACAGGGUAAAAAAGUCGGUGUACGGGGUUCCGGAUGAUGGGCAGAGCCAGCCCAGUCCGGUCCACAUCAGCUCUCAGCCAACCAGGAAGCCCACAAAGGAGGACGUUCAGAAGGAGAUCUCCUUCUUGAACAUCCAGCUGGACAGACAUUGUAUGAAGGUUUCCAAAGUGGCAGACAGUCUGAUGAGCUACACAGAGCAGUUCAUGGAAUAUGACCCCUUUGUGUCGGUAAUAGAGCCUUCCAACCCCUGGAUCAAUGAUGACACUACUUUCUGGGACUUGGAGGCAAGUCGGGACCCCAGCCAGCAGCGAGUGAAGAAAUGGGGCUUUUCUCUGGAGGAGGCAUUGAAAGAUCCAGCGGGCCGGGACCAGUUCCUGAAGUUUCUGGAGUCAGAGUUUAGUUCAGAGAACCUACGAUUCUGGUUAGCAGUGCAGGAUCUGAAGAGGCGACCACUGCAGGAAGUGUCCUCCAGGGCGCAGGAGAUCUGGCAAGAAUUUCUGGCCGAGGGGGCACCGAGCUCCAUCAAUCUGGACUCUCACAGCUACGAGCGCACCAGCCAGAACCUCAAAGAUCCUGGACGAUACAGCUUUGAGGACGCUCAGGAGCACAUAUUCAAGCUAAUGAAAAGUGACAGCUAUGCACGUUUUUUGAGAUCCAACACCUACCAAGACCUGUUGUUAGCCAGAAAGAAGCAGCCAGCAGACACUGAACAGGGCCGCCGCACCUCCCUGGAGAAGUUCACCCGCAGUGUGGGGAAGUCGUUAACAGGCAAGCGCCUGACAGGCCUGAUGCAGUCAUCCUGACAUCGCCUGUGCUGGAGGGGCACAGCCAAACCCUGUUGGCGGGGUGACCGCCACGCAGGGGCCGGGGCAGGGACAGGGACAGUGGAUCUGGGCCGGACAGGGCUGCUGUGGAGGCUCUCAGACAGCGCUCCGAGGACUGCUGCCAUACUGGUAGCGUAGCACUGGGCCUGCCGGGGUUAAUGGUCCAAAAAAGAACCACUGGAGAUACGACCGUGCUGACAACGGGACCUCAGCCAACACACCACAUGGCAUGCAGCGUACAGUACAAGCACAUCCAGACCAGGGCUGCUCCAUCACUUUGUUGGCAAACUGGUUCUUUGGCUUUUUGUCGACAAAGCCGAUUGGUUUAUAUUGUUUUAAUUUUCUUUUAUACACUGUGUGUUUAACCUUAUAAGCACAUCUCAGAUAUUACUACAGUAUUAUUUGAUAAAUUCUAGUUACAAAAUCAAUUUGGCACAACUCCAGUGUUUGCAUUUACAUUUGGUUUCAUGGUCCUAAAAAAGCCAGUCAUGUCCUAAUUUAGAUUAAAUACAGUGUCAGAGACACAUCAACACACACACACACACACACACAUCUACUUUAUCACACAAAGCAGCCAGCAAUAAUGAGAACAGGAGACCACUUUUUGGUUUUUAAAGAAAUACUGUAUAUCCAACCUCUUUUUAUAUCCUUGAAAUUUCUAUUAUAGCCUAUCUGUUUCUUAUAAAGCACAUGACAUGUCAAAUCACUAGUGAUCAUAAUUUUAGCAGUAAGACAUUUACUGUUUUUCCCAUCAGUUUGAAGUAACACAGUCUACUAAAUUAAUUUUUUUCAUGCUUCAUUACAUUCCAAAAUCUGGCAUAAGGGCUUAAUGUUGCAUUCACACUGCAAUAUUGCAUGUACCAUUGAAAUGUCUUUAUGGAAAAUUAAUUUCUUGUUCUUACAACAGUGCUUUGUAAUGAGAGUGGUUGUACAGAAGGCUGGGUGACAGAAACUGAAAGAUAAAUCUGCUCUUCUAGUGUUCCAAACGGUCCACUGCUUUCACAAUUUCCUGUCUUGAAGUUUUCAAGCUGCACCGUCAAAUGAAUCCAUUUCUGUUUGUGCGGUUAAAUGAAAAGCUUAAAAACACUGAAGCACAGUGAAUGGGGUUCUGCAUUAGUUCUACUUCUAGAGUGCACCGCCACAUGGGAAAUGGUGUUCACAUGCUUUUUCAUGUUUCCAGUGCCAUGGGUCCGUCUAAUGGUUAAACCACAGGACCAGCAACAGUGUUCCAAGACUGUAUUAGUGCUUAAUCUAGAGGAGGAUCAUACCCUGAUGUCAAACUAGCUGUUCUCCAAGUCGUGGACACAUACAAGGCCUGCUGCCCAAUACGGGAUAUUCUUUUUUGUCUGUGUGUUUACUUUGUUUUUGCUUUUCUAUAGCAUGAAUAACUCAUCCUAAUUCUACUGAAAACCAUAAAACUCAACCAUACCUGUAUGCCAUGACUCCAUCAUAUUACUAUCAUGUGCUUUAAUAACUUUUAAGAAAGAGGUGCAUGUUGUUGGACAGUGAUGGUGGGUCAGUUUAGGGGGAGAUGGUUUAAAGUUCCUGUACUUUCCAAAGACAGCAUGCAGACAGGGAAAAGCCCCCCCGACCGCUGGAGUAACAAUCUUCAGUGAAUGGACAUGAACUGGGAACAAAACUGGACGCAUCCUGAGUGCCACAAUUAACAUUUGAGGCCUGUGUGCUGCACUGUGGCCUCAGCCUUCUUCUACUGAUAUAAACCGCUUGGACUGAGGAGAUUAUAGUCUCACGGCUCCCCCAUGAGGCCAGUGACUGCUACAGUGACAGACUACACUACUGAAUGAAUCAUCUGUUUUUUUUUUCUAUUUGCUUUGUUGCAAUGCACUGUACAGGUCAUAUAAAUAAUUAUCAUUAUUAUCAUAAACCAAUAACCUCUUGAAUAUAAGGUAGAGAAAGAUGUUUAAAUCGAGUCGAUGUACCAAAUGUUAUCCUCCGCACAAACACAAUGACACUAUUGUAUGUACAGAGUGCAUUGUAGAUGUAAAUUGGCUAAAUUUCAUUAUCCAAAAGCACAUUUUAUGAUAUGGGCACAUUACUAUGCAUGUAACAUAUUCAGGGCAUUUUGUGCUUUUAGUUUCUCAAUCAGCAAGAUAACUACUGGCACUCAAAAACACUCAAGCACCUGCUAUCUAUUCAUAAGUACCAAAUAAUAAAAGCUCUGGACCUGUCUGCUCUGUGA